AUGCCAUAGAUAACGCGCAUAGUGCGGUAAACAGUACUUGCAGUAUAUUUUUGAAGCGCGCUUUGAGCAUCUGAGAUAGUCGCUCCAUUGUUAUUAAGUUGUGGACGAAGCCUGCCUAAAAAUGCUUAAACUUGGAGCUCUUAUACUUUUAAUCGGGAUCGCGGUCUGCGAUGGAAACCUGGGGAGUGGUCGAUUGGUGGCACCGCAUCCGCCAACAGCAACGGGGCCGACUCCGGAAGUCCCGCCGCCGCCCCCCGCGGGAGGGGCACGGCCGCCCCCGCAGGAGCCGCCCCGGGCGACGCCGCAAGUGACCGAGGAGCUGCGUCAGAACCUCAUCCUCAAAUACGUCGGGUCCCUGUACAACCGGCUGUCCCAGUACCUCCCUCAGAUGGCGUUCCAAAAAGACGGAGAGAUAAUUGAUUACAUGGUCGUCAGCGUCCUCAGCCUUCGCGAGGAGCUCAGGUCAAUGAAACAGAGCAUGGAGGCCGUGCGCAGAUCCGUCGGCGGACCCCCCGCCUCCGCCUCCUUCUUCAAUAAUUUCAGAUUUUUCAAAAAGUAAGCCUCGCCUAGUUAUGGAUUAACUCCACCUGCCGUACUGUCCCGUCUUCGUGAUGGACACCUUUGGGCUGGCUAUAAAAUCAAUAACUGAUAUCGGUGCUGACGGUGAAACUUACAAGUAGCUCGGCUGCGGAGUCUCAAGAUUUCAUGUAUUUAUAUUUUAUUUCUCUCUAAUUUAACCUCUAAUUUGAUGUAUUACAAUAAAAAGAACCACAAAGCUCCAUGCAAUGUA